AGAGGAGGAAGGGCGGGCGCUGGGCACCCGUUGACCGACUUUUCUAAGUGCGAUCAGUGCCCGUCCGUCCCGCCUCCAUGGACCCGUCCGGGGACGGCCACCGCUGAGGACCCCACGCCCACUAGGAUCGCGGCUGGGUCGCACCCAAGCUACUGCACCGCAACCCCCGCGGGCUGUGCCGGCUCCCCGCGCCUCUGCCCGCAGCACUUGCCGUCGGGCCAGGGCUCCGCCGCCGCCGCCACGCCUCGCGCCCCGUGCUCACCGCCCGAUGCUGGUGCACACCUACUCCGCCAUGGAGCGCCCCGACGGGCUGGGCGCAGCGGCUGGCGGGGCCCGCCUGUCGUCUUUGCCCCAGGGGGCCUACGGGCCAGCGCCCCCUCUCUGCCACACGCCUGCCGCCGCAGCUGCCGCCGACUUCCAGCCACCCUACUUCCCGCCACCCUACCCGCAGCCACCACUGCCCUACGGCCAGGCGCCCGACGCCGCCGCAGCCUUUCCCCACCUGGCAGGAGACCCAUAUGCCGGCCUGGCGCCCCUGGCGCAGCCGCAGCCUCCUCAGGCCGCCUGGGUCGCGCCCCGCGCCGCCGCCCGCGCCCACGAGGAGCCACCCGGCCUGCUGGCACCGCCUGCCCGCGCCCUGGGCCUUGACCCGCGCCGUGACUACGCCGCCGCCGUGCCCCGGCUCCUGCACGGCCUGACCGACGGCGCGCACGGCCUGGCAGACGCACCGCUCGGCCUUCCCGGGCUGGCGGCGGCAUCCGGUCUGGAGGACCUGCAGGCGAUGGAUGAUCCGGGAAUGAGCCUCCUAGACCAGUCCGUGAUCAAAAAAGUGCCCAUCCCCUCCAAAGCCCGCAGCCUCUCAGCCCUCUCCUUGGCCAAAGACAGCCUGGUAGGCGGCAUCACGAAUCCCGGUGAGGUCUUCUGCUCCGUGCCUGGCCGGCUUUCACUGCUCAGCUCAACGUCCAAGUACAAGGUGACGGUGGGGGAGGUGCAGCGGCGACUCUCGCCUCCUGAGUGCCUCAACGCCUCCCUCCUGGGGGGCGUCCUCCGCAGGGCCAAGUCCAAAAAUGGGGGCCGGUGUUUGCGGGAACGGUUAGAGAAGAUUGGGCUCAACCUGCCGGCUGGCCGUCGCAAGGCUGCCAACGUGACACUGCUGACUUCGCUGGUGGAAGGAGAGGCCGUGCACCUGGCCCGAGACUUCGGUUACGUCUGUGAGACCGAGUUCCCAGCCAAGGCAGCUGCCGAGUACCUGUGCCGACAGCACGCUGACCCUGGGGAGCUGCACAGCCGCAAGAGCAUGCUGCUGGCCGCCAAGCAGAUCUGCAAGGAGUUUGCAGACUUGAUGGCUCAGGACCGCUCACCGCUGGGCAACAGCCGCCCAGCACUCAUCCUGGAACCCGGCGUGCAGAGCUGCUUGACACACUUCAGCCUCAUCACUCAUGGCUUCGGUGGGCCUGCCAUCUGUGCUGCCCUCGCGGCUUUCCAGAACUACUUGCUGGAGUCACUCAAGGGGCUGGACAAGAUGUUUCUAAGCAGUGUGGCCAGUGGGCAUGGUGAAACCAAGGCUUCGGAGAAGGACCCCAAGCAUCGGAAAUAACUGCUUCUCCCAACCCAUCCCUAAGGGGCUUCCAGGGCCUGAAAUGGGGACUUAGCUCCUGGGGGUGGGCCUGAAAGGACUGAAAGGUGGGAUUCAAGACAGACCAGAAAGAGAACAUUCAUCCAGAGAUCCCGGAGUCGGGGAUCUGGCUUGGAGUAAGGGAGGUGGCCUCUUUGGUGGUGUCUUGGUGGGCCCAGGUAUUUGUCUCAAGUGUGCAAUUUUCUGACCUUUGAUGGCUGAGAAGGGUUUGGACAGAAAAUUGACAUGAAAAGGUCUGGCUCAUGGGGCACAGCCCUUUCUGUUAUGGUGCCUGGGUGGCCGUGGGUGCUUCUAGAGGCCAAAGCCUUUGUGUUUUUCACUGGUGGCAGGAGGGCGGUUUUGAUAAAUCAGAGGUGCUACUGAGGAGAUGGUGUCCCUCAUUCCAGAAUCUUCCACCCCCAGAAAAGGGGUGCUGGAAGGAGGCCCCAGUGGACUCUUUGUACCCUUCCUACUCUUGGAGAGAAGUGGGCAGGAGGGGCCCUUGAGGAACAAAUAAGAUAAAGCACAAACUGCAGAACUCGAAUCCAUCCAGGCUGCUCAUCACAGUCCUGUUGCUGUCUGUCCUAUAUAUUUAUGUAUGUUGUAAUUAAAUUCGAAAUUUUAAAA